AUGGAGUUCAAGCAUAAUUCAACAAAUUACCCACGGAAAGAUGGAGGCCCACCAGCAAAGCGUACAGUCCGUGCCACCCCACUGGACACUGGGUUCAAAUUAAAUUUGCAGGCCCUCGCGAAUGCAGCUGACGCUGUGGAAUCUGGUACCAAGUCGCCAGUGUCGGCGCUGGGCGAUCUGGGCGUUCAGGUCUCCCACACAGUUCUGCAGCAGGAUGAUUUAGCACAAUGUCCAAGAUUCACCGUUGCCGUCACUGUGGCGGACAUGACUUUCGAGGGGUGGGGCUACAGCGAGUGGGAAGCUCGAAAUGCAGCGGCACGCGCCUGCCUGGCGGCGCUGCUGGCGCGCGGGGACCGCCUGCUGCCGGCGCCUCCUGGGCACCAGGUUCUCGCCAGAUGCAACCCGCCCAACGGACAAGGGUCGCGCAAGAAGCUGGCAGCGGCGCGCGUGUCGCUGGGCACUCAGCGCGUCGCGCUGCCGCGCGCCCACAGCUCGCCUUGCGCUUCCUGCGCGUUGCCGCUGUCGCAGCUGCUGACGGACCACGUGGCCAGAUUAGUAAACGAGAAAUUUAACGAGCUGAUGCAUGGUGACCUGGUGCAUUCUGAAUGGAAAGUACUCGCCGGCAUCGUUAUUACCAUCAAUCACAGCGUGGAAGGAGCUAGGGUGAUAGCUGUGACUACUGGUACCAAGUGUAUAUCUGGGGAAAACAUGUCAGUGAGGGGAAUGGCCCUGAACGACUGCCAUGCAGAGGUGGUAGCACGUCGCUGUCUACAGAGGCAUCUGUACGCUCAACUUCUGAUGUAUGCGUCUUCACCAGAUCCCCGAAAGCCGAUACCGCAAUCAGACCUGGAGCCAUUGCCUGACGGCGGGUAUCAGUUUAAAAAGGACCGUCAGGUACAUCUGUACGUCAGCACGGUGCCCUGUGGAGACGGACGGAUCUGCCGUCCAUACGAGCGUAACGAGUCUGAGCCGGACAAACGCCCAAACAAACUCGCCUGUGGCCAGUUGAGGACCAAGAUAGAAUCCUCGGAGGGCACAAUCUCCGUUAAGAACUGCAACAAGUUCAUCCAGACCAUGGACAGCGUUUUGCAGAGCGAGCGGCUGCUGACGAUGUCGUGCUCGGACAAGAUAGCGCGCUGGUGCGUGGUGGGGCUGCAGGGCGCGUUGCUGGCGCGCCUGCUGCGCCCUGUCUACAUGCAUGCGCUGGUUGUGGGUUCGUGUCGGCACCCGCACAACCUCUACAGAGCAAUAUGCGGCCGAAUUGAAAACCACAUCUCAUCUCUUCCUUCGCCAUUCCGGCUGAAUCGACCGAUCCUGACGCGCCCUGCUAGCAUUGAAGCGCGUACCCCGGUCAGGGCACCAUCGUUCAGCGUUUGCUGGAGCUGCACCUCCCCGGUGCCAGAGAUAGUGAAUACGACCACGGGCAAGCUGAUGAGUGGUCAGCCGUCGCUGCUGUGCAAGCAGAGCAUGUUUGCGAGGUGGCAGUACUUGGUCACCAGACUCCCACUCUUGCCUUAUGAAACAGAACCGGGCGUGCUUAACAAAUCGGUGCCUUCAGACUUGGAGAAUCUGCCAUACAACGAGGCCAAACAGCUCUGCACCACUUAUCAGGUAGCCAAAGAAUGUCUGGUGGAGGCGUUCGAAAAAGCAAACCUCGGACGGUGGGUUAAGAAACCAAUCGAGCUGGAUAAUUUCGUCUGCGAUAUACACAUUCCAGAUCCGAACGCACUGUUCGCCUUGGCGGGCAACAACCUACAUGUCCGUAACACUGUGCAUUCAGGGACCACACAGUUGAACGAAUUUGAAGAUGUUUCUAUUAAUUCUUAUGCACAAUAUAGCGAAUGUACUGAGAGACGUGUAAUAGAAAACGAACAAAAUGAAUCUAAUAAUGUAGCCAAUGUUUUUGCGGGUAGUAGUAAACAUUCGAUUAGAAAAGGCGGGACAAAUGAUGUAGACAAAGAAAUAAGUCAAACUGAGUGUAGUAGUAACAAUAAUAUAUUAGAAAAAAGUUCAAUAGUUGAUUCAAUGUUUAGUAAAGACUCUUUAGGUGUUGAUAGCAAUGAUAAAGAACGUAAAGAAGAACAUACUUGUAGCUUUAACAACAAUAAGGCUGUUUGCUCUACAACUCAUACUAAUGUAAACUUCUUAUACAGUUCAAAUGUAAAUUUAGCUUCUAGGAUAGGUAUUGAUAAUCGACGUGAUUAA